AUGGCCAUCUCCAUUUUAGCCGCCCCUGGCCCAAAGGGUUGUUCAGGGGCCCAAGGCAAGUUUGCCUACAAGCUGCUCAAUGACUUGUUUGCCAACUACUCCAAUGCUUUGCGGCCGGCAGAAGAUACCGACAGAGUCCUCAAUGUCACCCUUCAGGUCACCCUCUCCCAGAUCAUUGACAUGGAUGAGAGGAACCAAAUCUUGACAGCUUACCUGUGGAUCCGGCAGGUAUGGGUGGAUGUCUACCUCAGCUGGGACAAAGAGGCCUAUGACGGCAUUGACACCAUCCGGAUUCCAAGUAGCUACGUCUGGAGGCCGGACAUUGUCCUGUAUAACAACGCCGAUGACCAGUUCACUGGCUCAAUGGAGACCAACGUGGUGAUCCGCUCUGACGGGCAGAUCAUGUGGGACUCUCCGGCCAUCACCAAGAGCUCCUGCAAGGUGGACGUCUCUUACUUCCCCUUCGACGGGCAGCAGUGCCGCCUGACCUUUGGCUCCUGGACGUACAAUGGCAACCAAAUCAACAUCCUCAACAAACAAGACACAGGCGACCUCACAGACUUUGUGGAGAAUGUGGAGUGGGAGGUUCAGGGGAUGCCAGCCAAGCGGAAUGUAAUUGUCUACGGCUGCUGCUCAGAGCCUUACCCAGACAUCACCUACACGCUGCUGCUGAAGAGACGGGCCUCCUUCUAUAUCUUCAAUCUCCUGCUCCCGUGCAUCAUGAUCUCCUUCCUUGCCCCGCUGGGCUUCUACCUCCCAGCUGACUCUGGGGAGAAGGUUUCCCUGGGAGUAACGGUGCUGCUGGCCCUCACCGUCUUCCAGCUGCUGGUAGCUGAGAGCAUGCCACCCGCAGAGAACGUGCCACUCAUUGGGAAGUACUACAUAGCCACCAUGACCAUGAUCACGGCCUCCACCGCCUUGACGAUCUUCAUCAUGAACAUCCACCACUGUGGCCCCGGAGCAAAGCCCGUCCCCAAGUGGGCCAAGAAGUUCAUCCUGCAAUAUAUGGCUCGCAUCUUCUUUGUCUACGAAGUGGGCGAGAGCUGCAGCAGCCCCAGGCCAGACCCAGACCCUCUCCCCAAAGCCCAGGUGGCCAACGGGGGGACCACCAAGGGGGCACCCAAAGGCAAGGUCCGGGUUAUCAGGUCUCCAUCCCAGGGACUCAGGGCCCCCACUGAACAGCCGGACUGGAGCGAGGCGGGGAAAUACGUGGACUUAGAGCGUGGCAGCCAGCAGAGGGAGGGAGGGGAGCAGCCCAGCUGUGCCAAGAGCCGGUGCUUCUGCCACCACCACAGCAUCCUGAGGAAUGUGGAGUACAUUGCCAACUGCUUCCGCGACCAGAAGGCAGCCUCGAAACGGACCGGAGAGUGGAAGAAAGUGGCCAAGGUGAUGGACCGCUUCUUCAUGUGGGUGUUUUUUGCCAUGGUCUUCAUCAUGAGCGUGCUUAUUAUGAGCCAAGCAAUCUGA